AUAAAUAUGAAGGAAUAACUUGUCAAAUAUUCAUGAUAAGGCUAUAUAAAGAAAAGCCACAAUGUUUGGAAAAAGAAAAAAUGACAGAAUGGAGGAAAAUAGAAAAUAAAGAAUUAAAAUCAUAUAAAAUGACACCAUCAAUAGAAAAAAAUAAAGAUUUAAUUAUAAAAGAACUAAAUAAGGAAGAAAUAUUUGGAACACCACCAAGUUUUUAG